GGUGUUGGGUUGUGUCUUGAGACGUAUAGGGGGUGUCUUGAGACGUGUUGGAGUGCAUCUUGUGAGUCUUGAGACGUGUUUUGUGAGUCUUGAGACGUGUUGGGUUGUGUCUUGAGACGUGCUGGGGUGCGUACGUGUCUUAAGCGGAAAUGUUGCUGAUUCUGAUAUUUCUACAGAAAAUGGCAACCAACAGUAUCAGCAUUUAUGAUGAGGAGGGCUUGCGCGGAACAAAACACACAUUCACUGACACAGUGGCGGACGUACCGGCCGGGCAGAACUCCUGCUUCUCUAUCAAGGUGACCAGCGGAGAGUGGCUGGUGUACUCAUACAACGACUUCGAGGGGACUUCUAUCCGCCUGCCGACCGGCAUCUACCCCGACCCGGGACACAUCCGCUCCAACCACGUCAACCCGGCCAACACCACAUGGAAUGACAUGGUCCGGUCCCUCCGCCCCGUCAGGCAGGACGCAGUGACCUUGUACGACAAGGACGACUUCUGUGGGGCCGAGCAAGUGGUCACGUGUGACGAUCCUGACGUCGAGAUGGACAACUGCUGCUCAGUCGUCAUCCGGGGCGGCUGGUGGAGCCUGUACCCGUACGGUAGCUACAGCGGAGGGUACCCGCCGAGCAACACGGAGAAGACGAUGGGGCCUGGCAACUACCGCGUACAGCUGGUGGCUGGGGGAGAAACCAUCACCAUCGGAUCCAUCAAGAAAGUAGAGUGUCCGUACGAUCCAUUCCCGUUGACCCCUCCUUUCCCUGGGACCACUGUCGGACCAUUCCACCACGUGUUACCUCUCUGACAACUGAUAUACUGAACGAUAGGGAUGGUGCUGUUUGUCAAAGUCUACGUCACAUUUCCAAACCGGAGCCUGGUCGGGCAGCUUUCGGGUGAAAUGAAGUAUGAUAUAUAAGACAUCAAACUGCACAAGACGUUAAGAGAAUAAUAGGUCAAGACAGGUGUUAUGGUGAUCAUCCAAGUGACAGACAGCCCAACCGGGCUCCGGUUUGGAAAUGUGACGUUACCCUAAGGCUGGUGCAUGAUAUUUGUGUGACCUUCCUUCCAUAUCUACGUGUGUUUAGUGAUGUACCCCUAGCAAUCUAUCAGUAAUGGAAUAUCAUAAUUACGAAUGUUACUAGUACUAGUGACAACCACUGAUUUGCUGCUGAAUAUUCUUAAGCUUAGUGUCAUGUCAGUUGCUUAAACCUGCCUGAAUAUGAAGCUUGUACUCUUCAGUACAAACCUCUUGUGCUACGCCAUGGGGCGGUUAACAAACAAACAAAUAAAUAAAUAAAAUUAACGAUCUUCCACCCCAAAACUGUGUAAUAAAUUCUGACUGUGUAGCCUUCUUACAUGUUCUUAAUCAAAUAUGUGACGUAAGAGGACGAACUAUAUAUAUACUAGUGACGACGUCUCCAAGCUAAC